GACAGUGGCAAUAAUUAUGUAGUACAGCUGGAUAAUCAUUCAUAUUACUUUAGAACCGUCUACCUGUGGACAAGACAUAACUGGAGCCUUCUUGAUCAGAAACGAUUACUCGUCAGUUAUAGGAAAAAGAAGUUUAAGGAACCAUAUUAUUUCAAAGGUGUAACAGAUUUUGAUCCAGGAUAUUCUGGCAAGUUAGGACGUCGUUUGCACUUUCUUUUCACCGUAGAGAGAAAUUAUCAUUUCUAUUUCGUUGAGCGAGAAACGAGAGUGUCAGAGAUGAUUUUGAAAUGCGCAGUCAUCAGUGUUCUUCUGUUAGGAACCUGUUUAUUGCAAUGUUCCUCUAUGUCUGCAGUAUGGGACGUGCGGCUACGGGGAGGCCCUGAAACGUCUUACAUGAGGGAGGGGAGAGUGGAGAUUUUCCUGGGUAAUAAGGGAUGGUUCGGGACGUGCGAUAAGGAAUGGGGUAUCGAAGAAGCUAUCGUCGUCUGCAGGCAGCUGGGGUACCCGGGGGCCAUCCAUGGCACCCCCAGUUACUCCUCGUCUGUUGGUACUGUCCUUCUCUCACGCGAAUGGAGAUGCACAGGAGAUGAGGCCUCGUUGGUAGGAUGUAACAACUAUCACCCCACGUUUCCAUGUUAUGAGCACACAGGAGUUAAAUGCCACGGACCAGGUUACCUUGGGUGUUACCAAGACACAUACGGGGCCUUGACCUCGACACUCAUCGACAACGUCAUCGUCGAGCCCGAUAUGACGGAGGAUCGAUGCUGGCAGUUCUGUAUGUAUCGGCAUUACCGCAUCUAUGGUCUCAAAAACGGUAACGAGUGCUACUGUGGUUUGGUUGAGGCUGAGCUGGCUAAUCACACCAAACUCUCCGAUGCAGAGUGCCAAGCCCCUUGUCCCGGGGACUACGGACAGGUCUGCGGAGGAUACAGAACAGAUAUUGACAAACUAUCCGUAUUCGAUGUCAACAUGGGCGAGUGUUAUGAUCCUGGCGCACCGGCAAACGGUAUCCAGCUCGAUACAAGUUUCAAGUUCGGCGACAUCGUAAGGUUUGCUUGCUUGCCUGGCUACGAGCUCCUUGGAAUAGAGGCCAUUCAGUGCAUCCUGGCCCCGGGAGGGCCGGGCAUGGGAGUCAUCUGGAGUACGUCUGUUCCUUACUGCGCAGUAAUGAAAUUGACGAGCCCUCCUGUUCCAACUCAAGAACCAACCACAACACGAACGACGACUACCCCCAGUACAACGAUGAGAGUGACGACGACGACAAUGAAGACGACGACGACGUCGGAACCUGUGCAAACGACUACCACUUCGACGACGGAAAAACGUACCACACGCGAAGCAACGACCGCGGAAAGCAGUAAGGUGAUGUCGACUGAGAAGCGAACAACCACGGUCGAAGUUAGGGUGCCGGUCGACACGACGUCGACAACGAUGACGCCUUCGGAUAAACCUUCGUCAUCGACACCGGAGACUUUGACAAAGGCGAUGACCUCGUCAAGGCGGUCGACCCAAGAAAUGGCGUCGGAAGCGAGCAAGAAGCCGACGACGAUGGAAGUCGAAAAGGGAGUUAAUGACGUCACGAACUACACAGAUUACAUCACAAAACCGACAACGACUCCUGGUAACAACACUUCCAACAACGCAGCAGCAACAAAACCUUUCAAUUUCUUUACGAUGAUCAGCGAGCAUUCCAUACUAAUCGCUCUGGUAGGAACAUUUCUCAUCUUGCUGGUACCAAUCAUUAUCAUCGUCAUCUUUAAGAGAGCCUGCAGGAGAAAGAAUUCUCCUUCUAAAGUUCAGAUCGAACGAACCAUGGACUACCAGCUAGGCAGCGAGACCACCGGUUUCACUUACGAACCCCAGCCCAUGUCUCGACCCCGCUAUCAGUCGUUCAGGAGAGGCUUCAAACGAUUCUCGAAACGACCCUGGUCGGAUCGUGAGGAGGAUGAAAGUAGCGACGAUGAGCUUUAAGCCGUAAAAAAGAACUUUUUUAAAUAGGACUUUAAAGGCCCACUGCACUACUUAUAGCUACUUGCGCCCUCUAUUUAACAGACAAUGCAUAAUCGGUGAUCAUUG